UUUCCAAACUACUGUCCAGUACGCUGCAAAUCCACGACCACCAAAGCUAGGUCCGAUUCUCCGACUCAACCCUGCCUCCUUCAUCAGUCAAUGGCGUCUCCAGUCACCGGGGAGCCUCUGAUCUCGAUAGCGUUGAUAGCUCUUCUUUCAUUUCUUCUGGUAUCGUCUUCUCUGGCAAGCUCAGACGUCCCCUUCAUGGUCGUACAGAAGAAGGCCACAUCCACCAGGCUCAAGUCAGGCGCCGAGCGCGUCUCCGUCUCCAUCGAUAUCUACAACCAAGGAUCCACAACCGCAUUUGAUGUAAGUCUUGCCGAUGAGAAUUGGCCUCAAGAUGUUUUUGAUGUUGUUAAUGGCAACACUUCGCAUUCAUGGGAAAGACUUGAUGCUGGCGGUAUUUUAUCACACUCUUUUGAAUUGGAGGCCAAAAAGAAAGGUAUGCACUAUGGCGGACCAGCAGUCAUCACAUUUCGCAUUCCUACAAAGUCUGCUCUACAGGAGGCCUAUUCAACUCCAAUCCUGCCCUUAGAUGUCCUUGCAGAAAGAGCUCCCGAGAAGAAGUUUGAAUGGGCUAAGAGGUUGCUAGCGAAGUACGGGUCUCUGGUUUCUGUGAUCUCCAUCAUUGUUCUUUUUGUUUACCUGGUUAUUACCCCAUCAAAAUCCAGUGCUGCAAAAGGUAGCAAGAAGAAGCGCUAAAUCAUUUGAGCUGCCAAGCAAAAGCAUUAGCUUGUCCGUAAGCACACCUGACCUGUGCUUAGACGCUCUUUUUGUAGGAUUUCCUACGUUUUUGUUCUUUGUUACUUUCGUAGAUUGUAGUUAAGGAGCAAAGCAGGAGAUGAGUUAUUGCUACACUUGCUUAUAUACUUCGCAACCAAUUACUGCUUUUCAAAUUUUAAUGUUACAUUGAAGGCUGGCUUUUGACUUU